GUAAAAAGCCCGUAAAAACCUUCUCAUCAGAAGCAGGCCUACUGGCCCAGGCGAAAACGGGUUUUUGCUAAUGCCAUAACGGUCCAUGUGUAAUGAGCCCACCUAAUAAAAACGGUUUGCAGCAAAUUUGAGAAGCGGAAAACCAGUGUAGACUAAAACCUCUCUACAUGAAAAUGGCGGCACCGGCAGAAAGUUCCGACCCGAACAGAGCGCUGACCAGUACUCGCUUCUCCGACCUCAAACCGCCACUCUCCGAACCGGUCCUUGAAGCUUUAGCCUUGUCUGGGUUCGAUUUUUGUACGCCAGUUCAGGCUGCCACUAUACCUCUGCUAUGCAGCUACAAAGACGUCGCCGUGGACGCCGCCACAGGUUCCGGCAAGACCCUGGCUUUCGUGAUUCCUUUGGUUGAGAUCCUCCGCCGUUCCCCUUCUCCCAAACCUCAUCAGGUAGUGGGACUAAUUAUAUCACCCACAAGGGAAUUGUCAUCACAAAUAUAUCAUGUUGCACAACCUUUCAUCUCGACAUUGUCAAAUGUUAAGUCCAUGCUUCUUGUUGGAGGGGUGGAGGUAAAGUCAGACAUGAGGAAAAUUGAAGAGGAUGGAGCGAAUUUACUGAUCGGUACGCCUGGGCGUCUCAAUGACAUAAUGGAACGCAUGGAUAUGUUGGAUUUCAGGAGUGUUGAGAUUUUGAUUUUAGAUGAGGCCGAUAGACUUUUGGAUAUGGGAUUCCAGAAGCAGAUUAAUUCUAUCAUAUCUAGGUUGCCUAAGCUUCGAAGAACUGGUCUUUUCUCGGCUACACAAACUGAGGCUGUAGAAGAGCUUGCUAAGGCAGGGUUAAGAAAUCCUGUCAGGGUUGAGGUCCGAGCAGAGAUUAAAUCCCUGGAGAAUUCAACAUCCUCCCAGCAAUUGUUGCCAUCAAAAACGCCUUCUGGCCUUCACAUUGAGUAUCUUGAGUGCGAAGCAGAUAAGAAACCCUCCCAGCUUGUAGAGGUUCUCACAAAAAACGCGUCCCAAAAAGUUAUAAUUUAUUUCAUGACCUGUGCAUGCGUAGAUUACUGGGGAACUGUUCUUCCGCUGCUUGCCCCUUUGAAGAGUUUCUCUAUAAUUUCCCUUCAUGGAAAGAUGAAGCAGAGUGCCAGAGAAAAGGCACUAGCUUCAUUUACCUCUCUGUCAAGUGGCAUCCUUUUGUGCACUGAUGUAGCAGCACGAGGUCUGGAUAUUCCAGGAGUUGACAGUAUUGUACAGUAUGACCCCCCACAAGACCCGAACAUGUUCAUACACAGAGUCGGACGAACAGCCAGGUUGGGCCGGCAAGGAAGUGCUAUUGUCUUCCUGUUACCAAAGGAGGAAGCAUAUGUUGAGUUUCUUCGGGUCAGAAGGGUUCCUCUGGAAGAGAGAAAAGCAGCGGAUAAUUUAUGUGAUAUUAUUCCUCAGGUAAACUACUUGAGACGCUUUAUUUGUGAAUUCUGUUUUCCCCCUUUAAAUACUUAAAAUGUCUCCUACAGAUACGGUCUGUGGCAUUAAAAGAUCGUGAUGUCAUGGAAAAAGGGCUUAGAGCUUUUGUUUCUUACGUCCGUGCUUAUAAAGAGCAUCAUUGUUCUUUUAUAUUCAGGUGGAAAGAACUUGAGAUUGGGAAAUUGGGCAUGGGUUUUGGUUUACUGCAGCUCCCUGCAAUGCCCGAAGUGAAGCAUCACAAUCUUUCUACUGAGGGUUUUACUGCUGUUGAAAAUAUAAAUCUCGAGGAAAUCAGAUUUAAGUAAGAAUUUUUCAAAUUAGCUGCGUUGUCCAAUCAAAUAAUGUAGAAUUGCAUAUUGUUAUAACAUGAGAGUAAGAUAAAGUAAUGGAAAUCUCAGAGCCACAAUAGAUGUAGGAUUUUAAAUGAUUCUGAUGGGAAUGAUUUAUUAUUUUCUUUCCGAGACUGACUAUAUCCAUGUACUCAUGUGCUUCAAAUUGGUUUUGCAUGAUUACAUAAUAUAUACAUUAUAUAAAUUGGACUUUGGUUUGUCAAAUCUUUACAUGACUAGUUUUAAACAUAACAUAUAUCAUUGGAAUUUUUUGUUUUAGCGUGGUGAUCCGAAUUCGUAUGUGUUGAUUACUUGUUUGAUGCCGCAUAUCUUUUGUAGAAGUUUAAAGGUUUGCCAACUUGUAGAAUGAGAUUGUGUUCCAAACUUGACAUGGCUUUUUGACAUGAUAUCUUAUCUUCUAAAUAUAAACUGGACCUGUGUGUUUUGAUAAAAUGUUGGGGCAAAUAUAAUCCACUAGGGACCUUGCAUUAUGGGAUAAAGACUUUUUUUUUUUGGGUACAAAGGAGGCUAAUAGCCUAAAUCAUACAACAACAUUUCUGGGGUAUGCAAUCCCCAUAACAUCAUGAAGUAGCCAAGGUACCACACAGGCCGGUGGGAUAAUGACUUUAGUUCUUGUGGGUUUUUUAACUGCCAAUUUAUAGAAUAAGAACAUUAUUGUAUGUUGGCAUUCACUUUUUGGCCAUCUACCGUGCAGGGACAAGGCUCGUGAAAAACAACGAAAGAAAAAUUUGCAGGCCAAGAAAGAGGCUGCCCAGGAACAAAAGUCUCAGAAGCAAAAAGUAGCCUCAAAAGCUGCACCUAAUUUAAUGAAGAAAAAAACAGCUAAGCAAAGACGGGCUGUUCAAUCAGUUGAAGAUGAUGAGGAGAUGGCACAGGAGUACCGAUUACUGAAAAAGCUGAAAAAAGGAGCUAUUAAUGAAAGUGAGUUCGCAAAAAUGACUGGAACUGAAGAUUUACUAUAAAUAUAGCAUUAUAUUGGAAGAAAAUUGCCAGAGAUGUGAAUCAGAGAACUCGGCAUGCCUUGCAAUCGUAACAGAAGGGUAAAUUGUAAACUCUAUACGAGAAAAGGGGUGCAAUCUUUUUCAACUGCUUGCGGUACUUGCUGGGGAAUCGAUGUCUGCCACUAGGAAGGUAAAUUAUUUCAGGAUUAAAUGAGAUGAAGGUUAAUUGCUUCUGUUUAUUUAUCACGCCAGAUAGGUAGUAAUGAAAAAAUGCAAGCGUCCUUACUCUAAAAUCCCUGUUUGUACAUGUAUUUGGUCCCGAUAAUGGAGGAAAUAUGAUUCACAAGUGCAUUUUUCACCAGUUGUCGCCAGGGCUGGUUUCAUUUUUGAGAUUCUUUUGAUAUGCAGUCCAGUAAUUAUUCCUCAAACCGUUUUUGACUAAUUGUUCUCUUUAGCAUAUUUGGUUAGUCGGCUACUGUUUUAAAUCCCUGCUAUAAUGCAGGUCCAUUUAAACCUUUAAAUUGCUGUAGUACUCCGAAAUAUCAGAGGUUUUGCAUUUGCCUGGUAAAUUGUUUCUGUGCAAAUAGCAGCCUAAACAAAAACUCACGCAGACAGAAAACCUGAUUCUGUUUGGGGUCGACUCUGCGCGCUGCUGAAAUAUUUAUUUGUGCAUCUGGUGUCAAUGUAGGAGAAUACUUGUACAACACAACUUUGUUUUAUAGUUUAUAGAGUCCAUAACUCAGUAUCAUGACUCAUUUAAUCUGUUAAAAAUGAAAGUUGGGCUUAGUAUAAACCAAUAAAAUAUUCAAUUCGGCUUUCGUUUGUUAGAGAAGGAUAAUCAGAAGUAUGGGGAAUUUGUCAUGGAGUGUUUAAAAAGAAGAAUCGGUUACAAGGAGU